CUGGGGAGGGGGGCGAGGUUACGCCGGCGACGUCGGCUGCGCGAGGCUUCGUGCGUGAGCAGCGCGGGCGCCCGGCUGAGCCGCGGGCUCUCGGGGGCGGGCUCGCAGGUUGUCGACGGCGGCUCCCGGGAGGAGCGCGGGCCCAGGGAGGUGUCAGUGUCCGCUGCUGCCGCCGCCAUGGAGGAGACGCAGCCUCUCCGGCAGUCGGAGCUGCCCCUGUGUGACAGUCUCAUCAUCUGGCUGCAGACAUUCAAUACUACUGCACCUUGUAAAGAUGUCCAGCAGCUAACUAAUGGAGUUGCCAUGGCACAAGUUCUACAUCAAAUUGAUGUGUCUUGGUUUGAUGAAUCUUGGUUAAGCAGAAUUAAAGAGGAUAUUGGAGACAACUGGAGAAUAAAGGCUAGUAACUUAAAGAAGGUACUUCAAGGAAUCAUGAGUUAUUAUAAUGAGUUUUUGGGGCAACAGAUUUCUGAAGAACUUAUUCCUGAUUUAAAUCAAAUAACAGAAUGUUCAGAUGCCAUAGAGCUUGGAAGGCUGCUCCAGCUUAUUUUAGGUUGUGCUGUCAACUGUGAAAAGAAGCAAGAACAUAUUCAAAAUAUAAUGACACUGGAAGAAUCUGUUCAACAUGUGGUCAUGACUGCUAUUCAAGAGUUAAUGAGCAAAGAAAUACUGAGCUCUCCUACAAAUGAUGCUGUUGGAGAAUUAGAGCAGCAGCUUAAAAGAGCCUUGGAGGAACUCCAGGAAGCACUAGCAGAAAAAGAAGAACUGAGACAAAGAUGCCAAGAACUAGACUUGCAGGUGACUGCACUUCAAGAUGAAAAGAAUUCACUGGUUUCCGAGAAUGAAAUGAUGAAUGAAAAGCUAGACCAACUGGAUGGAUCUUUUGAUGAUCCAAAUACAAUGGUUGCAAAAAAAUAUUUUCAUGCACAAUUGCAACUGGAACAAUUACAGGAAGAAAACUUCAGACUUGAAGCUGCAAAGGAUGAUUACCGUGUUCACUGUGAAGAACUUGAGAAACAGCUCAUUGAAUUUCAGCAUAGGAAUGAUGAACUGACUAGUCUUGCUGAAGAAACAAGAGCCCUAAAAGAUGAAAUUGAUGUUCUUAGGGCUACCUCUGAUAAGGCAAAUAAACUCGAGUCAACAGUUGAGGUAUAUCGUCAGAAACUACAAGAUCUGAAUGACCUUCGCAAGCAGGUGAAAUCUUUGCAAGAAACCAACAUGAUGUACAUGCAUAAUACUGUCAGCUUAGAGGAAGAACUGAAGAAGGCGAAUGCAGCACGUACUCAGUUAGAAACCUACAAGAGGCAGGUUCAGGAUCUUCACAGUAAACUUUCCUCUGAAUCCAAAAGGGCAGACACACUAGCAUUUGAAAUGAAGAGGCUUGAAGAAAAACAUGAAGCUUUACUAAAGGAAAAAGAGAGAUUAAUAGAACAGCGUGAUACUCUGAAAGAGACUAAUGAGGAACUCCGAUGUUCACAAGUGCAGCAGGACCACUUCAACCAAACAGAUGCAUCUGCUCCAAAAAGUUAUGAAAAUCUUGCUGCUGAGAUCAUGCCAGUAGAAUAUAGGGAGGUAUUUAUUCGACUUCAGCAUGAAAACAAGAUGCUUCGCUUACAGCAGGAAGGCACAGAGAACGAGCGGAUAGAAGAGCUUCAGGAGCAGCUGGAACAGAAGCACCGCAAGAUGAAUGAAUUGGAAACCGAGCAAAGGCUGAACAAAGAGCGCAUCCGAGGACUACAACAGCAAAUCGAGGACCUCCAGAAAUCUCUACAGGAACAAGGUUCCAAAUCUGAGGGAGAAAGUUCCAGCAAACUAAAACAGAAGUUGGAAGCUCAUCUGGAAAAAUUAACCGAGGUCCAUGAAGAAUUACAAAAGAAGCAAGAACUUAUUGAAGAUCUUCAGCCAGAUGUAAACCAGAACGUACAAAAGAUCAAUGAACUUGAAGCUGCUCUUCAGAAGAAAGAUGAAGACAUGAAAGCAAUGGAGGAAAGAUACAAAAUGUACUUAGAGAAAGCAAGAAAUGUAAUAAAGACUUUAGACCCCAAACUAAAUCCAGCAUCAGCUGAAAUAAUGCUACUUAGAAAGCAGUUGGCUGAAAAAGAAAGAAGAAUUGAGAUUCUGGAGAGUGAAUGUAAAGUAGCAAAAUUCCGUGAUUAUGAAGAAAAACUCAUUGUUUCUGCCUGGUAUAAUAAGAGUCUAGCAUUCCAGAAACUAGGGAUGGAAUCCAGACUUGUGAGCGGCAGUGGUACUUGCAAAGACACUGGGGCAUGUACUCCUGCACGGUCCUUCUUGGCACAACAACGACACAUCACCAACACGAGAAGAAAUCUCUCCGUUAAGGUUCCUGCUACAACGUCUGAUUAAACUGCAGAGGAAAACAUAAACAGAAGUGCCCUUACAAGAUUUUGUAUCUUUCAACUACCAGAAAAAGAAGCUUAUGAUGCUGGAUGUCAGCUAUCUUAAAAUCAAAAUGCAGAAAAUUGAUCAUGCCAGCUAACUUUAAAAACAAAAUACAGAUCUAGCUAUUUCUCUGAGGGAGUACAUGUGAGUAAUUUGAAGACUUAAUUAUGUAUGCAUCUCAAUCAGUUGUCUUUUGACAGUAUUAUUUCAAAUUGAUUUUGCACAUUUCACUUUAAUGUUUUUAGUCCUAUUAGUCAAUUAAUUAAUUUGUAAUGUGUAGCUUUAAAAGACAUCAGUGUUGAUUUUUAUUGGUUUUGGCCCACAUGAAAAUAGCCUUGUAAUGACCAGCAAGAUAACCUGUGAGAGCAACAGCUUGCAUGCCUGAGACUACAGGCUGCACCUUCAGUCCCUUGCUUCACCUCAUGCCAGGGCUAAGCAGUGUUCUGGCUCUCUCUCUCUCUCUCUCUCUCUCUCUCUCUAGUUAUUUCACUCAUGGUAAAUCUUUUAAAAAAAGAAAAUUAUUGAGAAAGUACAUGGAAAUUUUUUAAAGAGUUCUAUUUUUUUACUUCUAAUUAUAGUCUUUUCCCUUCCAAUUCUGUUCUUAAAGUGAAUCUAUUUUAUCAUGAAAUUAAAGAUAUAGCAUUUGAAGGAGUAUACUGUUGAAAUGUUUUUGUCUUGGUAUAAGUGAUUGGUAAUUCUGCAUAUUCAAAAGCUUUCAGAUACACAUACACUUCGUAUAUGUUUUCAGAUACACACACACACACGUAAACAAGAAAUGUAUUCUGUAAUAUAGUUGAAAUGGUAAGGGUAUGGAAGUAAACUGGCAGUUCCAAGAGAUAAUUGAGAAUAGAAAGGCAGCUAAAAAUAUACUUUGUGUGGAUACACACAAAGUCCGCAUAUUUACAAAUAUAACUAAUGAAGGCUAUAACUGUCAUUGCCUUGAAGCAUAACUUGCCAGGACUUAUACAUGGGGGAGAAAAAAAAAGAUACUAUAAUUGUUUGUUUCUUCACUGAAAAGAUAGUCCAGGCAAUAAAAUAUUUUUGAAUAAGUUUGCUUUAUUUACUAAAUAAGAAACCUGUUUUGGGUUGAGUUUAAUGAUUCAGUUCAUUUGUACCCUAAGCUCUUCUAUUCAAAGGUGUUACUUCUAGUUUUGGAAUUUUUAUUUUAAGAUUCACAUUUUUAAAUUUUAAUUUUUUAGAGAUAUUUCUUUCCAGUAUUGAAGCCAUAAGACAUACAAAGUAAUUUAAGUUAAAUUAAGAAAAACUAAAAAUCCAGUUUAGUAGAAAAGUCAGACACAUUCCACAUGCUUAGUGUCCACAUGUGACUAGUGGCUGUAACGUCAGAACAGGGCAGACAUAAAGUAUUUUCAUGUUUACAAAGUCUGAUUGGCUAACCCCUUAGUAAUUCUAACUUGAAAAUACUUUUUGAUUUUAGGACAAAAAAUUUAAAAACAGAAAAACAUUAGGACUAUUUCAGAUGUAGAAAGGAACUGAGUUCUAACUAUCAUCUUGCCUUAGCUUUUAGUUGGAUACUUUAUGUUAUAAUGUUCACAGUUCGCACCUCUCAGCACCAGUUUGGACCAGGGACCAGCAACUUUCUGUAAAGGGGUAGACAGUAAUUCACUUAGUAAAUAAUUUAGGUUUUGUGGACUAGAAAAAUCUGGCUCAGGUACUUGACUUUGCCAUAAGUCAUAUUACAGCAGCAGUGCAUAAGAUGUGAACAAAUUGAAUAUGUAUUUCAAUCAAACUUUACCUUGAAAACAGGGAGAUUUGAAUACAGGCUGUAGAACUCUGAUCUAGAAUUUAUACGUUAGCUUUCUUUGCAAAGUAUUGGUCUACUUUCAGUAUUACUCAUCUAGAAUUCCUGGUUUGUACAUUUUCUAACAGUUAAAAUUCUUAGUAACUGAAAAUAGAAGGAUUUCAUGCUCUGUUGUGGUCUAGGAAGCAUCUGUCGGGAUAUUUUGUUUAUCAGGAUUAUUUUUGUCAACUGCCUCUUAGAUUUCGAUGUUUUUUUCUUUUUUUCAGUGCAGUUACUGUUGGUUUGCACUUUCAUAUAGCCUUAUAGUCUCUACAUAUGACUUAUUCCUUGAAAAUAUUUUUGCAUGCUGAUUAGAAUUUUCUAUUAUGGCAUUUUUGGUAUAUUUUUGGUAAAUGUAAGACAUAUGCUCCUUUGCUGUUACUACCAGCUCAUAAUUGGAAUUUCACAAGUCUUUAAGCUCCUUUUUAAUAGAAUUUAUUGUAAAAAAAAAAAAACAUCAAUUUCAAUAAAUUAGUAUUUUCACAGUUCAGUUGCUCAUAAUCAUUAUUAUAAUACUUGGAAUUUCUAACUCAUGCAAUUUAUGAAUAAAUACUAAGUCUAGACUCUUACAAGGGAAAGAGAAAAUUUUGUGAUUUGUCACUUUUCUAGUUGAUAAGUAGAAGUUGAAAUGCUUGAUAUAUAAGUAUUUAUACAAAGCAAAUUUCAAAUUCUAUGAUUAUAAUUAACAUGCGCAAUUCAGGAACUGAUCAGAAGUGAGAUUUAUGCCCACAUCUGGUUAACGUAGUGAGAGUGACACCCUGUGGGUGGUAAAGCAUUAUAUAUACUCAUUAUGAGCCAUGAUUUAUACAGGUCUAUGCUGUGAGACUUGAGCACACCUACCAUGGGAGAGAGAGAUUCAGCAUUUUCUUAUGUGAUAGGAAAUUGAAUGUUCCAGUGUAAUAAAGUAAAUCUACAGAUCAUUCUGGAAAUCAUUUUUUAAUUUUCAGCAUUUUCUCUAAAUGAAUACUUCUCUCCCUAUAAUAAACUUUCUUAAAAUGUGUAUAUACAUAUGACAAUCAUGUUUGUCCUGUGGUUAACUUAAUGUUUUUCAGAAAUAUCUGAAGUUUAUUCUAUUUUUUUGUUUCCCAGUGAUUAGUCCUGUAGAACUAAUGAUUUACUAAUGGAUUAAGAACUAAUGGAUGUUUUCUCUAGAAAGAUCAAACUGCGUAUCUCUCAUUAAGAUACCUUGUGAUAACUGGAACAUUCAUUCGAUUAUUCUGCUUCUACAUCUAUUCCCGUUUCUGUGUAUUUGCACAUCUGACUUGAAGCGAUUCUUAGUCCAUAGUACUCUCUGUGUUGGGUUCUCUAUAUGUGAACCUGGAAACAUUCACUUGUAAAAAGUUAUGUAUGAAAUUGUAUGCAUACAUGCUAUUAUGAACCUAUGUUUGUGAAGAAGCUUAGACAUUUUCUGAAACAAAUCGUAAAAGUAAAUAGUGUGUGGCUAUCUCUAUUUUCUAUGGCACAGACUCACAGGAGAAAUAGAAGCAAUAUUCCAUUUAUUUUUGUAAGUAUUUAGGAUAUUAUUAUUUUGAUUGUUCAAUAAAAGUGUAAUAGUUGUGACAUGUUUUGAAUUAAAUAAACUUUCUGAUUUUGUGUCUAGUCAUGAUAAUGAA